AUUAAAAAACUGUGUUUUUAAAAAUAGGGUACUUUGAUCAACUUUGACUACGUUCUCUUUUUGAUAUCGAGAUCCCUCAAGAUUUUUUGAAUAAAUGCUCCAAGACUCCAAUUCAAUAAACGAAAAAAAAAAGCAAACUUCAGUAAAAAGUCAAUCGAAGUGUCCACGUCAUUUGAAAGAGAGGUUAUGUCAAAAACAUAGAAAUGGUGAUGUGUUUAUAAGUCCGUGUCAUUAAAUUGAGCCUGGUAAUAAGCUUCCUAAAUACCUCUGAAUAAAGACGACUGACCAUGCCUCUCCGACUAGAUAUAAAAAGAAAACUGACUGCUCGGUCGGACAGGGUAAAAUGCGUAGACUUACACCCUACAGAACCCUGGAUGUUAUGUUCCCUAUACAGUGGAGUAAUAAAUGUUUUUAAUCAUGAAAACCAACAGCUUCUGAAAACUUUCGAAGUGUGUGAUUUGCCAGUUAGAGCGGCAAAAUUUGUUCAGAGAAAGAACUGGGUUAUAAGCGGAUCAGAUGAUAUGCAAAUACGAGUAUUUAAUUAUAAUACCUUGGAGAGAGUCCACAAGUUUGAAGCACAUUCUGAUUAUGUUAGGUCUAUUGUUGUGCAUCCAACACAACCUUACAUUUUAACCAGUAGCGAUGACAUGUUCAUAAAACUUUGGAAUUGGGAAAAAUCUUGGGCUUGCCAACAGGUGUUUGAGGGUCAUUCUCAUUAUAUUAUGCAAAUAGCAAUUAAUCCAAAGGAUAAUAACACAUUUGCUAGCGCUUCCUUGGAUCGCACCAUAAAAGUGUGGCAACUGGGAUCGCAGACAGCAAAUUUCACACUGGAAGGGCAUGAAAAAGGGGUUAAUUGUGUUGAUUAUUAUCAUGGAGGGGAUAAGCCUUAUUUAAUAUCCGGUGCGGAUGAUAGAUUAGUAAAAAUAUGGGAUUACCAGAACAAAACUUGCGUCCAGACUUUGGAGGGCCACGCCCAAAAUGUUACAGCUGUGUGUUUCCAUCCAGAACUGCCAGUGGUUCUAACAGGUAGCGAAGAUGGCACCGUAAGGGUGUGGCAUGCAAACACACACCGUCUGGAGAGUAGUCUAAAUUAUGGUUUUGAAAGAGUGUGGACGAUAAGUUGUCUCAAAGGUUCAAAUAAUGUAGCGAUUGGGUAUGACGAAGGCAGCAUUUUGGUGAAAGUGGGUAGGGAAGAGCCGGCUGUUAGUAUGGACGCCAGCGGCGGUAAAAUCAUCUGGGCCCGCCAUUGUGAAUUGCAACAGGCCAACCUCAAGGCUUUGCCUGAAGGUGCUGAAAUCAGGGACGGCGAGCGGUUGCCGGUGGCCACUAAAGACAUGGGCGCUUGCGAAAUUUACCCCCAAACGAUCCAGCACAAUCCCAACGGGCGUUUCGUGGUGGUCUGCGGCGACGGCGAGUACAUAAUCUACACCGCAAUGGCGCUGAGGAACAAAGCGUUCGGCAGUGCGCAAGAGUUCGUGUGGGCGCAAGACUCGAGCGAGUACGCCAUCCGCGAGUCAGUGUCCACCAUUCGGAUAUUUAAAAAUUUCAAAGAGAAAAAAACGUUCAAACCGGACGCGAGCGCCGACGGAAUAUUUGGCGGUUAUCUCUUGGGUGUGAAAUCGGUCACGGGACUCAGUUUCUAUGACUGGGAAACGCUGGAGCUGAUCAGGAGAAUCGAAAUUCAACCGCGCGCCAUCUACUGGGCGGACAGCGGCAAACUGGUGUGUCUGGCCACCGAGGACAGUUACUUUAUCUUGUCGUACGACGCGGAGCAGGUCCAGAAAGCUAGAGAUAACAACGAAGUGGCGGAAGAUGGCGUAGAUUCCGCUUUCGACGUCCUUGGCGAGAUAAGCGAGAGCGUGCGCACGGGAUUAUGGGUGGGCGACUGUUUCAUAUACACCAACGCGGUGAACCGGAUCAAUUACUUCGUCGGCGGAGAAUUGGUCACCAUCGCUCACUUGGACAGGCCACUUUAUGUCUUGGGUUACGUGCCGAAAGACGACCGUCUCUAUUUGGCAGACAAGGAGUUGAACGUGGUCAGCUACCAGUUGCUGCUGUCCGUGUUGGAGUAUCAAACGGCCGUGAUGCGUAGGGACUUUGGUACCGCCGAUAGGGUGCUGCCGUCGAUCCCGAAGGAGCACAGAACGCGGGUGGCGCACUUUUUGGAGAAACAGGGAUUCAAGCAACAGGCGUUGGCGGUGAGCACGGAUCCCGAACACCGCUUCGAGUUAGCCAUCGCGCUCGAGGACCUCAAUAUGGCUCGGGCGUUGGCCCAGGAGGCCAACAAUCCCCAAAAGUGGAGCCAGUUGGGUGAAUUGGCAGCAUCCACGAAUAAUCUUCAAUUAGCCAAAGAAUGUAUGCAAAAGGCACAGGAUUACGGCGGACUACUCCUUUUGGCGACGAGUUCCGGCGACGAAUCACUCAUAAGGACGCUAGGCGAAAGUACAUUGUUCGAAGAAAAAUAUAACCUCUCAUUUCUUUCGUACUUACUCGUGGGCGACUUGCAAAAGUGUCUCGACAUCUUAAUCGCUACCGAACGUCUCCCGGAAGCCGCGUUUUUCGCGCGGUCAUACUUGCCGGACAAAAUUAGUGAAAUCAUCGAGCUUUGGAAGGCGAAGCUGUCGAUCACCAACGAGAAGGCGGGACAGAGUUUGGCGAACCCCAAGGAUUACGAAAAUUUGUUCCCGGGACUGUCGGAAGCAGUCGCCGCGCAGAAAGUGCUGGAAAGUCAAAAUAUAAAACUUGCGCCCGCGUCUCAAGCCUUGAGGGUCACUCCUAACCACGAGAGGAACGUUAUUGCCGAAUGUCAAAGUUUAAUGGGCGGGGCAGGACCAUCUGCCCUCCCAGCGUCCCAAGAUAGUAAGCAAACAGUCGGUUCAUCAUUGGACCAAGACGAUGAUGAUAUUGACUUAGAUCUUGAUGGAGUUAAUCUUGAUGAUAAUAUAGAUACAACCGAUAUCAACUUGGACGAUGACUUGUUGAGCGAUUAAAAUGUGGAAAAUCUUAUAGUACUAAAUAUAUUUCCAUUCCCGUGUAAUUAUAAACAAUAUCGUUCAGGCUAUUUUAAGUAGUUGUACGUCGCUCCUUGUUGUAUAAAGUAUUUUAAAUAACACAAUAAACUUAUUUGCUUUUGUAA